GAAAGUGACGCGAAGAAGGAGGUGACGUGAUUGCUGUGUGGCCGCGCAAUCACACGCGGCGAGAGCGAGUCACGUGGCGAAGCAACUGAGAUCUCGAAGGCGAGACUCGCCGAGAGGCUCUUGCCAUCUGGUAGUGGUCAUCUGGUAGUUGCCCGGCCUCUCGGCUCGUCGAAUCGCCGUGUUGGCAGGUGCAGACGCAGACAUAGGGUGCAUGUAGACACACUCGCGCAAACGCAUGUUGGCUGACGUCAUCUGUCGCUCUGUCUGUCUGAUGCGUGCAGGUGUGUGUCGGGAGCGUGCGUGCCUGCGUUGCCUCCCUGAGAGACCACGAAAGCCAAGUUUUAAGAAGUCUAGAGGACCCCUCCCCGCUUGCAGCUCCCCUCCCUGCCCCUCUCCCCCUCUCUCCCUGGUUGUUGUCGGUGGUGCGGUGCCGUGCGUGUGUUGUAUGGAGAGUAUCGCCACGAUGGACCCGUCUGAACUCUCUCAGAUGGAGGUACGCCAGCUGCCACACGGCCAACCACCGCAAACACGCACGCCAUGGAUGUUGGUGGUGUGUGUGGCGGUGUGCCGGGCAGACUUUGUGUAACUCUCUGUACAACGCGACAAGCGAGCAGGAGCGCUCCCAGGCGCACACCAUCCUCAUCCCCCUCACACAGGACGCCAGCCAGCUACCCCGGCUGCAGAACCUCAUCGGCACCUCAAACCAGCCACACGCCCUCGUCUUCGCAGCCACGGCCGCCCUCAAGAUCAUCACCCAGUUCUGGGCACAGAUCGGCGACACGCAGAAGGAGGAGCUGCGGUCCUUCCUCCUCAACUUUUUGGCGCAGAAGGGGCCGGACGUGCUGCGGAGCGCGCCCCAGGCCCUGACGCAGGUGAUUCGGCUGGUGUGCCGGAUCGUCAAGCUGGCGUGGCUGGAGGGGCCGCAGCACCAGACCAUCACCGAGCACGUCGGGCAGUUCCUGCAGGCGUCGACGGUGCACUGGGUCAUCGGGCUGGAGAUCUACUGCGAGCUGACGACCGACAUGCAGCCGCAGCUCGGGCCCAGCAUGUCGCGCUUCAGACGCACCGCGCUGUCCUUCCGCGACACGGCGCUGCCGAGCAUCUUCACGGUGGCCCUGUCGACCCUGCACAAGAUGCACGCCCGGCAGCUGCAGAUCCCCGAGCAGACGCAGGAGAGACGGCUGCUGCGGCAGGUGCUGUCGCUGUGCUGCUCCUGCCUGAGCUUCGACUUCAUGGGCACGAUCCCCGACGAGACCUCCGACGACCAGCAGACCGUCAUGGUGCCGCACGGGUGGUCGAUGCUGCGUGACGACUCCAUCCCGACGCUCUUCCUCUCCCUCUACCAGCGGACCUGCCAGGACAAGCACUACGACUGCAGCGUCAUCUGCCUCCAGUGCCUCGUGCUGCUCUCCUCGCUGAGGCGGUCAUUCUUCCACAAGGAGGAGGACCGCGCCAAGCUGCUGAGCAGCCUUAUCAUGGGCUGCACCCAGAUCCUGAGCAACAAGGUGGGGCUCGACGACGGCAGCAACUACCACGAGCUGUGCCGGCUGCUGGGCAAGAUCAACACCGCCCACCAGCUGACGGAGCUGUGCGCAGCGGACGCCUUCCAGCAGUGGAUCGACCAGGUGUACCAGUUCACCAUCGAGAGCCUGCAGAGCUGGCAGCACAUGCCCAACAGCAAACACUACCUCCUGCAGUUCUGGUCCCAGAUGGUCAACCCACUCCUCUUCGCAAAUGCCAAGGACAAGGCGCCCAAGGCACUCGAAGGAUACAUCCAACAGGUGCGUCCGCUCUCUCUCCCUCCCUCCACCCACCCCUCCCUCCCUCCCUCCCUCCAUCCAUCCAUCCAUGUGUGUGUCUCGGUUGGUUCUGUCUGUCUCCCCCCCGCCCGCCCUCUAUCUGCAGAUAACGUGUGCGUACAUCCAGUCGCGUUUGCUGAUGGCCGAGGCCUUCUCGUCCGACUCGUCCGUCCUGUGGGAGGACCCCCUCACCGACGAGGUCAUGCGCAGCGAGCAGCUCGAGGUCCUCGCCUCACUCGGACGCUGCAAGCCGCAGGAGACCGCCCAGGUGCUCAUGAAGUUCUUCGAGCAGGUCACCACACAGGGCCAGGCGGGCCAGCUGAGCCAGGUGGUCUUCGAGAAGAAGGUCACCUGGCUCGUCUACAUGAUCGCCGCCUUCAUCGCCGGCACAGCCAACAUGAAGACACCCGUGGCGAGCGGCGGCAACAGCGACCGCAUCGACCAGCCCGCCGCCCCCGCCGUGCCCCCACACGUCAUCACGGGGGAGCUGUCGUCCCGGGUGUUUCAGCUCAUCAAUUUGACCGACAGCCAGUCGUCGGCCCCCGAGGACCUCGAGCUCGCCUACCUCUACUUCCUCGAGCAGUUCCGAAAGGUCUACUUCGGAAUGCACGCCAAACAAAUCUUCCAGGUGGGUGCACGCAACACGCCACACAGCACAGCGGUGCGGUGCUUGGGCCGCGCUGAUGGACACUCAUCAUGUCGGUCCCUCUGUGUCUCUGUGUCAGGCUGAGGUGACAGAGCGUCUGUGCACGGUGCUGGGUUUGAAGGACGACGACGCCGUACUGGGUUUGCUCAUCAACAAGAUCGGCCGCAACUUCCAGCAGAGGGUGCACCUCGAGCAGGUCAUCAAGAAGUCCCUCCAGCUCUUCUACGAGCUCGCCGCCGGCAUCAACAUCGUCCACACGACCGGGGGCGGCCCGGGGGAGCGCGCCGGGCCCAUCUACGGCUCCCCCCUGCUGAUCGUGUCGGGGCGGCUUCUGCUCAAGAACGAGACCGUGCAGUCGAUCUUGCAGCGGCACAACCACACGCAGUUCACCUUCCUGCAGGUGCCGUCGUACGGCAAGUACCGCACCAUGUACUACCACACCCUGGGCAAGCUGCUGUUCAUGGAGGUCAAGGACAACAAGGAGCCCUUCGAGGAGUUCAUGCAGCCCCUCUCAGACGUCGUCGCCUCCAUGUGGGCGCCCCCACAGCUGCCCCUGGCGCCCACCCAGCUCCGCGCCCCCCAGUGCAAGAUGCCCCUGAUCGGGCUGUGCAGAGACCUGCGUGGCCUGUGUCUGGCCUGCAUGAAUGCCGACCCCUACAACCUGCUGUUCAGCUGGCUGGUCGAGAAGCCCAAGCAGCCGCAGAUGUCCCGGCUGGGCCUCUUUGCGGCGGCCAUCGACGUGUGGUGGGACGACCCCGACGUCGUCAUCCCCCUCCUCAAGUUCAUGUCCGAGUUUGUGCACAACAAGGCCAACCGCAUCGCCUUCGAGCCGACCAGCCCCUCGGGCAUCCUACUCUUCAAGCAGGUGGCCAACGUGCUCUGCACCUACGGCCAGCGGAUGGUGACGCGCGACUGGUCGAGUGUGGGGCCGGGCGUGUCGAGCGGGCAGCUGUACCGGAUCCGGUUCAAGGGCAUCGGCAUCGCACUCGAGAUGUUCUCCCACGCCCUCCAGGGCAACUACACCAACUUCGGCGUCUUCGAGGUCUACCAGGACACCUCGCUGCACGACGCCUUCGCCAUCGCGCUGCAGCUGGGCAUCUCCCUGUCUGCCGAGGACCUGUCGGCGUACCUCAAGACGCUCAAGCCCUACUACCUGUUCCUGGAGUUCGCCACCCGCAACCACAUGCCCAAGAUGCUCGAGCUCUGCGAGGUGGUGCAGUCGACGUCCGCGAACGUGCCGAGCAAGGAGCAGGGCGGGGCCACCCUGGUGCCCGUCCUCCCGGCCAACGGGCUGUGCCGCGUGUUGGCGUCGAUCGAGGAGGGCCUGUGCUCCUUCGAGGCCGGCGUGGCCAUGCAGUGCUGCGCCACCCUCGACAACAUCGUGACCUACCUCUACACCACUCUGCAGAAGCACCACCAGAACAACCGGACGCGCCAGAAGCAGCGCGGCCAGAUGCCGUCACCCGUCCCCACCCCCAACCACACAUCAGCCACAGGCGACCCCGGCCGCACCGCACUGGAGCUCUUCCAGCUCAACCUCCCGCCGCCCAUCCCCGCCGAGGAGACCGAGGAGGAGGUGCAGCGUGUGCUGCGGUUCCUCUACCCGCCCGAGGGCGGUCUGGCCGACCCCAACCCGCCCCCGCCCGGCGUCCGCACGGUGCCCCUCCUGCUGCAGCGGCUCAUGUCGCUGCUCUUCGACCUCGUCUUCAGCGGCGAGUUCACAUCGACAUGGUCCAUGAGCCGCCCGCUCCUGGGGCUCAUCCUGCUGCAGCCCCAGAAGUACGCCACACUCAAGGAAGGGCUCGUGCACACACACACGAUGCUCUCGGGCCCUGGCGGGAGCGGGGCCGGGGCGAGGGGGGCAAGUGGCGGUGCUGGGGGUGGUGCGGGUGGGGGGGAGGGGAUGGUCGACGGGCAGGACGGUGAGGGGCAGACGAAGCGGAGCAAGCUGGAGGGGUAUUUUUCCGACCUGCUGUCGGGGACGGAGGCGAAUCUGUCGACCAAGACCAAGGACCACUUCACGCGCAACCUGUACCAUUUCGCACAGAUGAUACGGACGUCACUCGUCUGACACACAUCCUCAUACGGUGAGAGGGCAGGGCCGCAACAGGGGCGGGUGGGCUGCUUGUUGGCUCAGUAUCUGUGUGUGUGCGUAUGUGUGUGUGGUCAGGUCGGUGUAUCAUCGUUUUGUUGCGCCUGGUCCCACGCUGUGGUCCGGUGCGAAGACUCUACCUGCCUGCCUGCCUACUCUAUCUCCCCUGUCUGUCUUGUCUAUCCAUUCUUGUCAUGUUUCGAGAUGGGUGCCUGACUGACUCACUGACCGAUGCCUAGCCAUCCCAUGACGAUGAUUCUUACACACAUACGCACAUACGUACACACACACCGUCACUCUCUGUGACAGCCCUGCCGACCGACCUACCUACCUACCUACCUAGUCUUUCAAGUCAAGAGCCACCUGCCUGCCUGCCUACCUGUCGGUCUGCCUAGCUCCUUCCCUCUCCCUCCCUCACGCGUACAGGUCAUCCAUACACGUCACGUCCACAUGGGGGGAGGCAGAGGCAGGCAGCGCGGGCGGGCUUAAGUCGCAUCCGUUUCCGCCCUUCCACACCUACGAAUCGAGGGCGAGGCGAUGGGUGAGGGUGAGGUGCGCCGUUUUGCGGCUGGCUGUGAAUAAGAAAAGGAGUGCUGCUGUUAUAUUUGUACGCGCGGCCAUCACUGAUGGACCGCCUACCUAGUCGACUCGUGAUGCGACAAACGGACAGACAGACAACACAAUCCCGCCACGCCCCUCCACGCGCUUCCACACACCCUUCUUGGUCACCAAAAGGGCACUCAGACAGGCAGGUGCUGUGUGUGUGAGAGGGCGGGGCCUAAUUUAAUGCUAGUGUGUCAGGUGCCUGGCUGCCUGUGUCUCCAUAUCUCCCUCUUCCCUCCCUCCCUCCCUCCCUCCUGUCUCUGAGAUCCACCUGUCUGUCCGUCUGCGUGUGGCCGCAUGUGUGACUGGUGGUAUGCGAGACUCACCUGCCCUCCCUGUGUGGGCUAUGCCUAUGCCAUGCGAUGCGAUGCGCUGCGAUGGAUUCAUGCAUGUCACUUACUUUCUCUGUCUGUCUGUGUGUGCGUGUAUGUAUGUAUGUGUGUAUUUAAUCCUCCUUUAUCGAACCGCUCG